AGACCCCUUAUAGAUUUAAAAAGAGAGGCUGCAUUCUCAGACUGACACUUAUUCAACACUGCCACCUUAAGCAGAUUACUUUGCGCUGCCUGUGUCAAAUACGUAGCUCACUUUGCCUCUCCAUCAUGUUUAGGAUGCUGAAACAUCACCUUCACCCGGGCUUUUUUCUCUUGUUCAUAUGGCUUUGUCACCUCAUGGAACAUCAAAAAGUUCAAGCUGGGAACUGCUGGUUGCAGCAGGGGAAGAACGGGAGGUGCCAGGUGCUCUACAUGCCCGGGAUGACCAGGGAGGAAUGCUGUCGGAGUGGAAGACUGGGGACGUCCUGGACCGAGGAGGACGUCCCCAACAGCACGCUCUUCAGGUGGAUGAUCUUCAAUGGCGGAGCUCCCAAUUGCAUACCUUGCAAAGGUGGAGGUGCACUCAUUUCCCUUGGUUUUCUCAUAAUUCACAUUAUCAGCCAUUUCGUUUUAUAAAUCCUCGUGAUGAUCUGAUUUACGCCUACAAAAAAACUUGCGAUGAUGUUGACUGUGGUCCUGGAAAGCGAUGCAAGAUGAACAGAAGAAGCAAGCCGCGCUGCGUGUGCGCACCAGACUGCUCCAACAUCACCUGGAAAGGACCUGUGUGCGGCUCAGAUGGGAAGACCUACAAAGACGAAUGCGCAUUGCUGAAGGCUAAAUGUAAAGGCCACCCAGACCUGGACGUGCAAUACCAGGGAAAGUGCAAGAAAACGUGCCGUGACGUCUUGUGCCCAGGCAGCUCCACUUGCGUCGUGGACCAGACAAACAACGCAUAUUGUGUGACGUGUAAUCGGAUUUGCCCGGAACUGACCUCCCCUGAGCAGUACCUGUGUGGAAACGACGGGAUCAUGUACGCCAGUGCGUGUCACCUGAGAAGAGCUACGUGUCUUCUUGGCAGAUCUAUUGGAGUGGCAUAUGAGGGAAAAUGCAUCAAGGCCAAGUCAUGUGAGGACAUCGAGUGCAGCACAGGGAAAAAGUGUCUGUGGGAUGCUCGGAUGAGCCGGGGACGCUGCUCGCUGUGUGAUGAGACCUGUCCGGUGAGCAGGACGGAUGAAGCGGUGUGUGCCAGCGACAACACCACAUAUUCCAGUGAAUGUGCCAUGAAGCAAGCUGCUUGUUCUAUGGGGGUGCUGCUGGAAGUCAAGCACUCGGGAUCUUGCAACUCCAUUACAGAAGACCAGGAGGAGGAUGAGGAAGAUGAGGACUCAGACUACAUGGCCUAUGUCCAUAAUUCUUCUAUACUGGAUGGAUAGGCCCCCAUCACUAGGGGAACAGUCCUAGGGCAUGGAAUCAUGUCCAUACUGUACAUUAUGUGUAUGCUUAUUUAUUUUUUAAAGAAAAAGGAAGUAUACAUAUAGUUCAGUCUGCUAGAUGUUUAUUUAUACUUUUUUUGUGUUUUAUAAUUUAUACAUUUACAAUGUCAGGCUUACUAUCUACCAUGAUAUAUUGUGUUACCACUCAUUUCCCCCCUUUUUGUUGUUGUCCCUUUUACUUUUUUUAUCAUGAAGAACUAUAUUUGUCCAAAGAGAAGCAGUGUUAUUUAUUUGUCAUGUUACCGUGUAAGUAUAAGUCCUCUACAAGCUGUAAAUUGCAUUCCCUACGCUGUAAAAAUCUGCUUGUUUCUGUCAAAUCUCUAUCACAGAUGUUUAUGUCACACAUACGUAAAUGCAUGUUUAGGCUGUGUGUUUAUUUAUUGGGAAUAUAUCAAUCAUUUUAUGUACAGAAGUGUUUCUGGUUUGUUUACAACUCAUAAUAACUGACCAAAGGGAUUAUCUCAAUGGUUUUUCAAAAGAGCAUUGUAAAAGUUGCAACACAGCAGUGAUGAAAUUGAAGAGAAAAAAAGAGCCAUUUGUUUUUCUUUUCUUACUUUUUGGUUAAUCAUUUUAGCCCUUUAGAUUUGUUUCCACACAGAGACGACAACUUUAGACAUCAUUCUAUAGCAUUUAUUUUGUCUCACCACAUUAGAGCAGAGAUAACUUUUGGACGAUACUUGAUUAUUUUGGAAACAAUGUGCCAUUAACAUUCAUGUCCUGUCUUCUUGCCAAUGUGCUUCAAAUUGCUCUCGCAGAGCUAAAAUAGGACUAAUGUACUGCGUUUCUCGACAAUAUCAGACUUCAUCACUUGUUCAUUUUUUUUCUCUCAGAAUGCAUUUUUAUUUU